ACGCAGCACGGCAGCAGGCAGAAGUGAACUACUCGAAUUCCAUUUCCCUCUCAAUUGCAAUUCCCUCUCUUGCUCUCAGCCUCUCACUCCUCUAACCCUAAAAACUCUACACCUCUUCCUCCACCUCCACCACGCCACCGCCACCGACGGCUGCUCCUCCAUCACAGACAAACACUCGAACUCGGUGCUGCAACUGCUGCUGACUAAUUUCACUGUGGGCUGUGGGUUGUUCGAAUCCAAUCAAAGAAUCCCUGAAAAUCGAAAUUUUUGAUUUUGUUUAAGGAACUGGAAGAUGAAAAUAUUGGCAUCUAUGGAUCGAAUAAUCACACGAUCCUUAAGGCUCCAAACAUGAUUCAUGAUGCAGGAAUAUAGCAACAUUGACUUGAAACUCUUAGAAGAACUAGUUCAAUCUAAUCCAGAUGAUCCUUCCCACCAUUUCAAUCUCGGGAAAUGUUUGUGGGAAAAAGGAAUAGAAUGGAGGGAAAAAGCAGCAGAACGAUUCUUGAUGGCGGCAAAAUUAAAUCCCCAAAAUGGGGAAGCCUUCAAAUAUUUAGGGCAUUAUUACAGUUGUUUUUGUAUGGAUACCCACAGAUCUCUCAAAUGCUACCAGCGCGCUGUCUCUCUUAAUGCUGAUGAUGCUCAGUCCGGGGAAGCAUUGUGUAAUUUGUUGGACGUACAAAGUAAGGAAAGUUUGGAGGUUGCUAUAUGUAGAGAGGCAUCUGGCAAGUCGCCCCGUGCUUUUUGGGCUUUCUCCAGAUUAGGUUUUCUGCUGAUCCAUCAAAACAAGUGGUCCGAAGCAAUCCAAAGUCUUCAGCAUGCUAUCAGAGGCUAUCCAUCCAGUGCUGAUCUCUGGGAAGCGUUAGGUCUUGCCUAUCAACGACUUGGCAUGUAUACAGCUGCUAUUAAGUCUUAUGGGAGGGCAAUGGAAUUGGAAACUUCAAGAGCCUUCGCUAUGAUUGAGACUGGAAAUAUUUUUUUGAUGCUGGGUUCAUAUAGAAAGGGAGUAGAGCAAUUUCAACAUGCUCUAAAGAUAUGGCCUCAAAAUUUAGGUGCACAAUAUGGGCUUGCGUCUGGGCUUCUUGCUUCGGCACAAGAAUGCAGUAAACAAGGUGCAUUUUCAUGGGCCACGUCUCUGUUAGAGGAGGCAUCUGAAAUUGCAAAAGCUUGUGCUAUUGUGGCUGGUAAUAUGUUCUGUGUAUGGAAGCUCCAUGCUGAUAUCCAGCUUACAUAUGCAAAAUGCUUUCCAUGGACAGAGGGGGAUGAUGUGAAGGGUGAGGAAGCCUUCAAUCGAUCACUUCUCUCCUGGAAAAAGAAACGUCGUUUAGCUGCUGUAUCAGCAAAUCGUUCCUAUCAACGUGCUUUGCACUUAGUUCCAUGGCAAGCGAAUAUCUAUAUGGAUAUUGCUGUGACCGUAGAUCUUAUGUGCUCAUUACAGAGUUAUGAAGAUGGCUUUAGAUUCUGGAAGUUAACUGAGAAGAUGUUGUUAGGAAGUUUACUGCUUGAAGGUGACAAUCAUGAAUUCUGGAUGGCAUUGGGUUGUAUGUCUGAUAAUAAAGCAUUGAAACAACAUGCCUUUAUCCGAGGGUUGCAUUUGGAUGUGUCUCUUGCUUCUGCAUGGGCAUAUCUGGGGAAGAUAUACAAAGAAGAGGGUAAAAGCCAGUUGGGUAGACAAGCUUUUGACAGGGCUCGGAGUAUAGAUCCAUCGCUUGCAUUGCCAUGGGCUGGCAUGUCAUCAGAUAUACUUACUCAGGAGCCUACAUCAGAUGAGGCUUAUGAAAGCUGCCUACGAGCUGUCCAAAUAAUGCCUUUUGCUGAGUUUCAAAUUGGUCUUGCAAAACUAGCUCUACGUUCAAAUCACUUGUUAUCUCCAGAGGUGUAUGGAGCUAUCAAGCAAGCUUUGCAAUGCGCUCCUUGGUAUUCUGAAUCCCAUAAUCUUAAUGGGCUGAUUUCAGAGGCGCGACAUGAUUAUGAGUCAGCUGUUGCUUCUUAUCGGCUGGCACAUUAUGCAUUGAAGACUUCUACUUUGCCCUUGUCUCACUCUCAAUCUCAUUUUGUUGAUAUAUCAGUUAAUCUGUCCAGGGCACUUUGCAAGGUGGGAUAUGUGCAGGAUGCUGUGCAAGAAUUAGAAGAUCUGAAGGGAGGAGGUUUGCUUAAUAUUGAAGGCCUUCAAAUAUAUGCUUUUGCAUUAUGGGAACUUGGACAGCAUGAUCGGGCCCUAUUGGCUAUUAGGGAGCUGGCUAAGUGUAUUCCAACAAUGAAACUGUCCUCUGCAGUGACUUCAAUUUGUUUGAUAUGUAGUCUUCAGUAUUCCAUUUCUGGGGCAGGAUCAACCAUCAAUAGCAUUUUGAAAAUGCCUAGGAAGCUCUUGCAGAGUACAAAAGUUAGUUUCAUCAUAUCAGCUAUAGAUGCUGUCCAUCAGAGCUAUCAGUUGCAGGCUCUUGUCUCAAGUACUCGCUAUUCCCUUUCAUCACAGGAAGAGAUUAUGGAAAUGCAUCUUCUAAUUGCACUAAGUAAACUAAUGAGAAGUGGACAACAUUCUCUCAGUAUGCAAAAUGGCAUUGAUCAUCUUAGGAAGGCAUUGCAUAUGUAUCCCAAUGGGUCUUCUUUGAGAAAUAUGCUUGGGUAUUUCUUGUUAUCUCGAAAACAAAGGGGAAAUGACCAUGUUGUAAGGAGGUGCUGUGUUGUAGCUGCUUUUGACCCAAUAAAACAAGACUUUAGAUCUUCACAUGAAAUUAUUGGUGCUGAAGCUGUUGCUUGCCUGGCUACUUCGAGCUGCAAGUCAAAUUUCUUACUUCCAACUUGUAUAUACCAGAGUGCCCAAAGUGUAUCAAUAUUGGGGCUGAUGCAGAGAUGGUUUCACCGAGAACCUUGGAACCAUAACACAAGAUACUUGCUAGUACUUGGUCUUCUACAAAUAGCACGCCAAACAAAAUAUCCACAACAUCUUAUGAGUGCUCUGAAGCGAAUGACUAAUGCAGCUCUCACUAGUCAAUUAUUUGUGGAGAACACAUUUGAAAGAUAUAAAAAUUUUCAGCUGCUUCUGUGUUCCUCUGAGCUCAGUUUGCAUGGUGGAGAUCCACCGAGCUCUGUGUCUUUUGCAAGGGAUGCUUCAAACCUUUCUCUUUCUAAUGGCUAUACGUUUUUUGCUCAUUUGCAACUAUGCCGUGCUUAUGCUGCUGUGGGUAAUCAUAAAAAUCUUAGUUUAGAGUUCACCCAGUGCUUGAAUCUUAGAACAGACUAUCCAGUUGGUUGGAUGAGUCUUAUGAUUAUUGAGUCUCUCCAUAGACCCCAGAAUACUUUGAGAUUGUCAGAUAACGGCUUUCGAGAUAGUAUUAAAGAGAACGAGGAAUCUGAGAACUCAUGGUUAGCUGUGUACAGUUUAUUCUGUGGUUUAGUUUCUCUAUCAGCUCAAGAUUUUCUGCGUGCAGAGGAGUUCCUUACUGAAGCUUGUUCAUUGAAAGCUACUGAGAGCUGCAUCUUCUUAUGUCAUGGUGCUGUUUGCAUGGCACUUGGAAAAGAGAAUUGUAACUCUCACUAUCUAACAAUGGGUAUCAAGAGUCUUCGAAAAGCUCAAAUGAUUUCCUCCAUUCAGUUGCCCUAUAUAUCCCUUUUAUUGGCUCAAGCAGAGGCAAGCCUUGGAUCAAAACUGAUCUGGAAAAGAAGUCUUCCUUCUGAAUGGUACUCUUGGUCACCAGAGGCAAUGCCGGCAGAAAUCUAUUUUCAAAUGCAUCUGCUUGCACUUGGGAAUCAAGACUUGUCUGGUCCAGAUUACGGCGACUCACUCCAUUGGGCUCUUCGAGCUAUUCACUUGAAUCCUUCUUGCGUGAAAUAUUGGAAAAUCCUACGAAAGCUUUCCUUGUAAACUUUUUGGAUAUAAUACUCAUCGUUUCAAACCUACAAUAUUACUAGUUGUAUCCUUGCUAUGAGUUGUAAGUAACCAACUAACCAUUCUCCUCUAGCUUGACAUUAUUUUCACAUUAUUUUCUUUGUCAUAUACUCAUCCAGGAUCAACUAAUAACUAGUACUACUACUGCUUCAGUUCAUAGAUUGUGAUGUAUUGUUAUCGAAGUACUAUUAAGGUUUCAAACAAUAUUUUGAUGAACUUG